AUGGAAGGCUGUGACUCGCCCGUCGUCUCGGGGAAGGACCAUGGGCGUGCUCUCCCUCCGCACCAGCCCUGGACUGAACUCAGCAGCCAGCCGGGGACCAUGGAGCCUCUCUCCGGGGCGGAGAGCUGCGGAGCCCUAGGCAGCCAGCAGGCUCCUUUCGGCGAGGGCCCCACAGACAGGGCUGCCACUGCCGCCGCCUCUGGCCCCAGCCCUGCGCCCGCUGGCAAGGAGGUCCACUGUAACGAAUGCGCCGCCUCCUUCGCCACCUUGCAGACCUACAUGGAGCACCACUGCCCAGGCGCCUCACGGGCACUUCUCCCGCUGCUGCCCGAGGAGAGCGGGAGUGACACUGGGGGGGAGGAGGAGGGGGAGGAGGAGGAGGAGGAGGAGAGUGACGUGGAGAACCUGGCGGGGGAGAUUGUCUACCAGCCGGAUGGCUCAGCGUACAUUGUGGAAAGCCUCAGCCAGCUGGUCCAGAGCGGGGGGGUCUGCGGGGCUGGCAAUGGGACCAGCAGCAGCAGCAGCAGCGGGGCUCUCCCCACCCUCUUCCUGAACUCUCUCCCCAGUGCAGGGGGCCAACCCGGCGAGCCCGCGUCUGCGGCACCCGUCUACCCACAGGUCAUCAACACUUUCCACAUAGCUUCGUCCUUUGGGAAGUGGUUUGAGGGCUCGGACCAGGCCUUCCCGAAUACCUCAACCCUGGCAGGGGUCAGCCCUGUCCUGCACAGCUUCCGCGUUUUCGAUGUGCGCCACAAAAGCAACAAGGAUUACCUGAAUCGCGAUGGUUCUGCCAAAAGCUCCUGCGUAUCCAAAGAUGUUCCAAAUAACGUGGACCUGUCCAAAUUUGAUGGCUUCGUGCUCUACGGGAAGCGGAAGCCCAUCCUGAUGUGUUUUUUGUGCAAGCUCUCCUUUGGGUAUGUCCGCUCCUUUGUGACCCAUGCCGUGCAUGACCAUCGGAUGACUCUGAGCGAGGAGGAGCGGAAAAUUCUUAGCAAUAAGAACAUCUCCGCUCUUAUCCAGGGGAUAGGCAAAGACAAAGAACCUCUCAUCAGCUUUUUGGAACCAAAAAACAAAAACUUUCCACACCCUUCAGUUUCCACAGCUAACCUCAUAGGCCCGGGACAUAGUUUCUAUGGCAAAUUCAGUGGGAUUCGAAUGGAAGGGGAAGAGGGUAGCCAGGGGGGGGCUGCCAGUGGAGCCGAACAGCCCCCGUCCUGCCUCUUGGCCCCGGGGGCCCUUUUGAACCUUGGAGGGCUAACGAGCUCAGCUUUGAAGACCCCAAUUACCUCAGUCCCCCCGGGCCCACCGGCUUCCGGUCCUACCCGAUCCUCUGAGGCAAAGGACCCAGCUGGGGGAGCAGCCCAGCGCGAGAAGCAAGACCCGGCUGACCAGGACGGCCGCUUGGAGAAAGCGGAGGCAGCUGGGGAGGAUGGAGUGGAGGAGGAGGAGGAAGGAGGGGAGGAGGAGGAGGAGGACGAUGAGGAGGAGGAGGAGGAGGAGGGGUGCAAAGGGCUGUUCCUAAGUGAGCUGGAGGACGAGCUGGAGGAAGGACCUCCCCAGGAGCCUGGGGCCGCGGUGGGCGGCGGCGGCGGCAGCAGCAGCAAAAAGGACCUUGCUCUCUCAAACCAAAGCAUUUCUCCCUUAAUGCCUAACGUGCUCCCGAGCCUGUCCAGGGGCACGGCUUCCUCUAGUUCUAAUUCUGCUUCUUCCUUUGUCUUUGACGGUGGAAACAGGAGGAAUUGUUUAAGCUUUAACAGUGAGGGCAGUGAGGGCAGCAGGAGGCUGGACUUGAGUGACGAAAGUGCCCACAGAGACAGUGCCCAUACCCUGCUGGAACCAAACGAGAGCGUGGAGGGUGAGGACGGGAGCUACGCCUCCCAUCACCAGCAUCCCGGGCCCCUCUGUGAGCUCGGGGGUGGGGAAUGCCCCUCGGGGAGCGGGGUGGAGUGCCCCAAGUGCGACACAGUCUUGGGCUCCUCCCGCUCCCUGGGUGGCCACAUGACCAUGAUGCACUCGCGGAACUCCUGUAAGACGCUCAAGUGUCCCAAGUGCAACUGGCACUACAAGUACCAGCAGACGCUUGAGGCUCACAUGAAGGAGAAGCACCCAGAGCCGGGGGGCUCCUGUGCCUACUGCAAAAGCGGGCAGCCCCACCCGCGGCUGGCCCGGGGAGAGAGCUACACGUGUGGCUACAAGCCAUUCCGGUGUGAGGUUUGUAACUACUCCACGACGACCAAAGGCAACCUCAGUAUCCAUAUGCAGUCCGACAAGCAUCUCAACAACAUGCAGAACCUGCAGAAUGGGGGUGGGGAGCAAGUGUUCAGCCACUCUGCCGGGGCAGCUGCCGCCGCCGCUGCCGCGGCUGCAGCUGCCGCGGCGGCGGCGGCAAACAUGGGGAACAGCUGUGGGGCCCCCUCCCCCACCAAACCAAAAAGCAAGCCUACCUGGCGGUGUGAGGUGUGUGACUAUGAGACCAACGUUGCCAGGAACCUUCGCAUCCACAUGACCAGUGAGAAGCAUAUGCACAACAUGAUGUUGCUGCAGCAGAACAUGAGCCAGAUGCAGCACAGCCGCCACCUGGGCCUGGGCAGCCUGCCCGCGGAGGCCGAGCUCUACCAGUACUACUUGGCGCAGAACAUGGCCCUGCCCGCCCUGAAGAUGGACAGUGCUGCUUCCGAGGCACCCUUCCUGAUGGGCGGCUUCCAGCUGGACCCCACCCACCCGGGAGCCUCCCUGGCCCCCUCGUCUCUAGUGGGUGGAGAGAUCCCCCUGGACAUGCGGCUUGGGGGUGGGCCGCUGGUGUCCGAGGAGCUCAUGAACCUGGGGGAGACCUUCACGCAAACCAAUGACCCGUCUUUGAAGCUUUUCCAGUGUGCUGUGUGCAACAAGUUCAGCACUGACACUUUGGACCUCCUGGGGCUCCACAUGAACAUAGAGCGCAGCCUGCCUGAGGAGGAGUGGAAGGCUGCGAUGGGGGACUCGUACCAGUGCAAGUUGUGCCGCUACAAUACUCAGCUCAAGGCUAACUUCCAGCUCCACUGCAAGACUGACAAACAUGUGCAGAAGUUCCAGCUGGUGGCGCACAUCAAGGAGGGGGGCAAGGCCAACGAGUGGAGGCUCAAGUGCGUGGCCAUCGGGAAUCCCGUGCAUCUGAAGUGCAAUGCUUGUGAUUAUUACACCAACAGCUUGGAAAAGCUGCGUCUUCACACAGUCAACUCCAGGCACGAGGCCAGUCUGAAACUCUACAAGCACCUUCAGCAUCACGAGAGCGGCGUGGAGGGGGAGGGCUGCUACUACCACUGCAUCCUCUGCAACUACUCGACCAAGGCCAAGCUGAACCUCCUCCAACACGUGCGCUCCAUGAAGCACCAGCGCAGCGAGAGCCUGCGGAAGCUGCAGCGCCUGCAGAAGGGCCUCCCGGAAGAGGAGGAGGAGGAGGAGGAGGAGGAGGACCUGGCUCGGAUCUUCACCAUCCGGAAGUGCCCUGCGCCCGAGGCGGAGGAGCCAGUUGAAGACACAGAGGGGCCCAGCGAGACAGCGGCUGACCCGGAAGAGCUGGUGCAAGACUUGGAGAGGACAGCACAAGCGGCCCAGGGGGAGAAGGAGCUGGCGGAGACCCCGGCGGCACCCUCCCGCAGCCUGCUGUGCCCCAGGGGGUCGGAAUCGCCCGGUGGUGGUGGUGGCGGCGCCAAGUGGCCGAAGACGUCAGAGGAGAGCAAGCCGGAGCAGGUCAGGCCUUGCCCCUACUGCAAGUACAGCAACCCGGACGUGAAUCGGCUGCGGGUCCACGCCAUGACACAGCACUCGGUCCAGCCCGCGCUCCGCUGCCCUCUCUGCCAGGACACGCUCAGCAACAAGAUCCACCUGCAGCUGCACCUCACCCACCUGCACAGCGUCUCCCCCGACUGCGUCGAGAAGCUCAUUCUGACGGUGACCACGCCGGAGGUGAUGAUGCCCAGCAGCAUGUUCCUCCCAGCUGCUCCCCCAGACAGAGACGGAAACGCCAGCGCGGAGGAAGCGGGCAGGCCACCCGGCGGCCAGCCAGCCGUGGGGCAGGAUCCACACCCCAGCUCUCUCGGGCAAGCCCCCCUGCAGCGGCUGCGGACCAUUCAAGAGCACAAGAAGUCCACCCAGAGCAGCCCCCCAAGUGCCACAGGUGUGUGCCGGACUGUGCCCACAGGUGGGCCGGCUUUGCAGCUGCCAGGCAGCCACCGGCCCCAGAAGGAAGCAGAGGGCUCUCGGGGCCAAGGGGUGCUGGAGCAGCAAAGGGGACCCGUGUGUGGAAGCCAGCAGCUUCCAGGCGCGCAGCCAGUGCCGGUGGAGACGCGGGGCUGGGCCAAGCCCAGAGCCCCAAGGGCGGCUCGCCCCCGUGCGCUGGGAGGGGGGAAUGACUGCCGUGUCGUGCGCAAGAGGUGA